AUGAAGCAAAAUACAUCGGCGGGAGGCGACGAGGGCGUUCGAGUCCGACGGAAAACGUCGUCAAGGGGCCACCACAAGUUUGUCGGAGUUCGCCAGCGUCCGUCGGGGCGAUGGGUUGCCGAGAUUAAAGACUCGCUACAAAAGGUUAGGUUAUGGCUCGGGACGUUCGACACCGCGGAAGACGCGGCCAGAGCUUACGACAAGGCAGCUCGACAGCUGAGGGGCGCGAACGCCCGCACCAACUUCGAGCUGCCCCAGUCGGGCCCCGGAUCUGCGUUCCCCGAGAACGCAGAGCCGUUCUCUUUUGACGCCAUGUGCAGGACCGACGAGGCCGACGGACUCGUCGGCGCCCUGAUGGCGAAACUAUUCAACAAGAAGAGCUCCCGCGUGCUCAUCCAGGGCAACGCGCCUUUCGCCCCGCGGUUGGACAAUUUCGCCUCGAAAGGCGACCUGAGGGCCCCGCCUAGUCAAGCGACGGCCAAUCGAGUACACGUCAGCGACCGAGUUGAUGGUCCGAUUAGCGAUAAAAACGACAUCAUUUUGAAUCGGAAGACUGACUCGGUGGGCCCGGCUUCGAGCUUGGAGUGGCUCGAGGGCGAACCUCAAUUGGGUUGGCAACCACAAAUGAUGAGCCAUGUUGAGGAGGAUCCAUUCUUGAUGAGUGCAUCGAAAGGUUGUACCUGGCCUGCCAUGGAUUUGGCGUACAACUGCAAUCCUCUAAGUGAAGUGAUAGCAAUUAACAAUCAAGGAAGGAAGGAUGUACAAGUCGAUGCUGCGUCGAGUUCUUGGGCUCCACUUCCACCUUUAGAAGGCAGAUAUGGAUAUCAAGAUAGUAAUAAUUGGGUUGCAGCUAAUAUUGGGUGGGAAUUAUCUGAGCUUCAUUAUGUUGUACCUUCCAUACUCAGUUAA